CUGAACUCUAUCUAUCUACAAAUUCAAAAACUCAUCUUCUCUGUUUCUGCUCCCAAAGUUCAAACUCAAAAAACCAAAUACACUGUUUAACCAAAAAUGGCUUCUCCUCUGUUUUUCCUCCUCCUCAUCACACUCUCCAUUUCACAUCCUUCAUCACAAAUGAUCCUAUUACCCCUAACACACUCACUUUCCAAAACCCAAUUCAACACAACCCACCACCUCCUCAAAUCCACCACCACUCACUCCACAUCACGCUUCCACCACCACUACAAAAACCACCACCAACUCUCUCUUCCACUCUCACCAGGAACCGAUUACACUCUCUCCUUCAACUUCGGCCCCUACUCCCAACCCAUAACUCUCUACAUGGACACAGGAAGUGACCUUGUCUGGUUCCCCUGCACCCCAUUCAACUGCAUACUCUGCGAAUUCAAACCAAACCCUUCACCUUCAUCUUCUUCUCCACCCACCAACAUCUCUCACAGCACCCCCAUUUCAUGCAACUCCAAAGCAUGCUCUACAGCACACAACUCCGUCUCUUCCUCCGAUCUCUGCACAAUGGCUCAUUGUCCAUUAGACUCCAUUGAAACAAAAGAUUGCGGUUCUUUUCACUGUCCACCUUUUUACUAUGCUUACGGCGAUGGAAGCUUAAUAGCUUCACUCUAUCAUGAUACCCUUUCACUUUCUUCUCUCAAAUUUCGAAACUUUACAUUCGGUUGUGCUCACACCACUUUUUCAGAACCCACCGGUGUUGCUGGGUUUGGUCGUGGAUUGUUAUCUCUCCCUGCUCAGUUAGCUUCUCAUUCUCCUCAACUUGGUAACCGUUUCUCUUAUUGCUUAGUUUCUCAUUCUUUUCGCCAUGAACGAGUUAGAAAACCGAGUCCACUCAUUCUGGGUCGUUAUGAAGAUGAAAAACAGAGUAAUGGUGAUGAAGUUGUUGAGUUUGUUUAUACUUCAAUGCUUGAUAAUCCAAAGCAUUCUUAUUUUUACUGUGUUGGAUUGAAAGGAAUUAGUAUCGGAAAAAAGAUGAUUCCGGCGCCGGAGAUUUUAAGGAGGGUGAAUAAAAGAGGUGACGGUGGUGUAGUUGUGGAUUCCGGUACGACGUUCACGAUGUUGCCGGUGGGGUUUUAUGAUUCUGUGGUGGCGGAGUUUGACCGUCGUGUUGGGAAAGUCAACCGGCGAGCUAGUGAGAUUGAGAUGAAAACAGGGCUUUCGCCGUGUUAUUAUUUGGACGCGGCGGCGGCGGUGGAAGUUCCGGCGGUGACGUUGCGUUUUGUUGGGGUGAAUUCAAGUGUGGUGUUGCCUAGGAAGAAUUAUUUUUAUGAGUUUUUGGACGGUGGAGAUGGAGUGAGGAGGAAAGAGAGAGUGGGGUGUUUGAUGUUGAUGAACGGUGGAGAUGAGUUUGAAGUGAGUGGUGGUGGACCUGGUGCAAUACUUGGGAAUUAUCAACAGCAGGGAUUUGAAGUUGAGUAUGAUCUUGAAAAGAAGCGCGUGGGUUUUGCUAGAAGAAAAUGCGCGUCGCUUUGGGAUCGGCUUAAUCGCGACAAAAACUAGUGUAAAAAUUUGAAAUAAAUCAUACACUCGUGUGCUCUUCAGUUCAGGGGGAAUGUAUGCAUGCAUUGCUUUUUUUUUUCCUUCUUAUAUUAAGAAUUUGAAAAAGUAUUAACAUUUGAAAAAAUAUAACUCCUACUUUUUA